AUGGCCACAGAAAACGUAAACCCUCGAUAUCCGCCUCCCUCAGCUGAUUUCGACCUUCCCGGCCGCCGCAGAGUUCCUCACCCACCCCGAUUGGAGUCUUUGGUCGACCCACGCGCGCGAACCGCAAAUUCCGCUCCGAGGUCCUCACCACACUCUCCCCGCUCUACACAUCGCCAGAGAUCGCGUUCGCCUCUGCCUCGGCCGCACAAUCCUCAUGAAUACCCGUGGCCACCCACUCCGCCUCACCAUGGCCCCUCGCCGGGUACGAGAGGCGAAUGGAAGACCCCUAGACCUACCGGUCGCCCUCGACUAUACGCCACACCACCUGAAACCCAUCCCCCGAACUGGCCCGCGCGAGACGACUUCGAACGGCCGGUGCAUCGGAAACCUAUGCCUGCACGAGGGGGGCUCCGUAUAUCCAUGUCAACAUCCCGGUUGAAUAAUAGGCGCCCAAGAACGCAGGAAUCUAUGGAGCACCGCCCACAGGAUAUGAGCUCCCAAGGACAGCUUCAGUCAUGCUUCCCAACAAACGGGCCCGCCGAUGAAAAUCCUCCCCGGCCAAGCGUCAAUUCGUCCGAAACCUGGCGCUCGAGCAUUGAACAGGCAAGCGGAACAGAGCGCAGCAGUGUUUUAACCAAGAGCAGCUCGAUCACCGAUCUCUCACCGGAUACUCCCGACGCGCCUUAUGGGAUGGACAAUGGGAUGAGUGUAGAAGACGCGAUUUCCAUGUACCUCGAUGGCUUCAGCGACGUGACUGAAGAGCCUGGCUCGCCGAAAUCCCACGCAGGGAGUAAAGCGCCAUCAGUAACGCCCCCACCAUCACGCGAUUCACAUCUACAUGAACCACACCCACUAGAAUUUCCGUCGCUGAGCGACGUUCCGCCGAUACCCCCGAUGCCAGAAUUCACCAUGUCGCAAGGCACAAGGCCGGAUUCAUUGUUUUUGCCAAACAUGGCUUAUUCUGCACCCACACCCACAGCACCCCUCCUCUCAGAAUCCCCGCCAGAUUUUACACCAUUGGAGCCUGCACUACCAGAACAUCCACCAGAACCCGACCCGUCAGACCCUGCCAUGCCAGACUCCCCGCGCGAUUUCACUCCGUCCGCAUCGCCGGUAGCUGAGGUGCCUGAGGUGCAUACUGCACACCAACGACAGCCCUCGACAAAAGUGUUUAUUCCGGGGUUAGUGCCGCCCGAACUCCGCUCUGGAAACGGCCCUCGAGACGAUUACGGAUUUCGCAAAGCUACACAAUAUGUAACCCUGGAUGAAUACGAGACCUGGAAAGGAUCCUACUCCAACCAUGUUACGCAACGGAGAGCCAAAUGGUGUGAAUUGCUCAAAGAACACGGGCUACCCACAUCACAACCCACAACGUUCCCGCCGCAGUCUUCGAAGGUCAAGCGAUUUGUUCGUAAAGGAAUUCCACCAGAGUUCCGAGGUGCGGCUUGGUUCUAUUAUGCCGGCGGGUACGAGCUUUUGAACCAGAACUUUGGCCAUUAUGAUGAACUUGUUGCGAAGGCCAUGAGCUCACCGAGUAACGACGAUAAGGAGCACAUCGAGCGUGAUCUCCACCGCACAUUCCCUGACAACCUCCAUUUCAAACCAGAGGCCACCCAGCAAGCAGAACAUUCCGGCAGCAGCAAUCCGAAUUAUUCUAAUGUCACCACGGAGACGCAGAUGAUUCAAUCCCUACGUCGGGUUCUGUAUGCUUAUGCGCUGCAUAACCCGAAGAUCGGAUAUACCCAGUCUUUGAAUUUCAUCACGGGAAUGCUCCUUCUUUUCCUCCCCGAAGAAAAAGCAUUCUGGAUGUUGCAUAUCAUUGCCGCAGACUACUUGCCUGGAACUCAUGAAAUCAGUCUGGAGGGUGCCAACAUUGACCUCUGGAUUCUCAUGGUCCUGCUGAGGGACUCCAUGCCGGGCAUCUAUUCCAAGAUCGCUGCCAUGGGAGGAACCCCGUCCGGACGGGGCAAAAUGCCUCCCUUGACAGUGAACUCUCGGCUGCCGGACAUAACCUUGGGACUGACCAACUGGCUUAUGUCGGUCUUCAUCGGAAGUUUACCUCUAGAAACCACCCUCCGAGUUUGGGAUGUUUUCUUCUAUGAGGGCUCCAAGACUUUCUUCCGCGUGUCUUUGGCAAUCUUCAAAGCGUGCGAAAAGGACAUCCUCGGCGUGACAGACCCCAUGGAAGCAUUCCAGAUCGUCCAAACCAUCCCUAAAAAACUGCUGGAUGCUAACACGUUGAUGGAUGAAUGUUUCGUACGUCGGCACCGCGUCGGACAAGGUCGUAUCGAGGAACUCCGAGCUCAACGCCGGACAGCUGUCCGCGAAGAGAAGUUGCGACGAUCAGUAGCCUUCAGCAAAGGUCAGCUUCAUUCUGGGACGGAUGAUUUCACCGGCCGAAGCCGCACACCAAUCCCGGGCCUCGAGCACCGGGUCGUCGGUUCCUGGCGUCACUUGAAACAACAUGCAUUUCGAUAA